CAUCCCUUUUUUCAGCCACGGGUUUCCGCUCUAUUGACCAAUCACCACGUGCGCUGUGGAAAUCCUCCGCUCUUUCCGGGGGUGGAAGUUCACGAAUUAAACGCACAAGUGGCGGGAGUUGUUGUCAAGUAGGAUCUGAUCGAAGUCACCACAUUGAACAAAGAUGGAUGCUAAAAGGCGGAAUAGCGGUCUGCCGAGGGGCGGGGCGUCCCAGGCCAAGCGUGGUAAAACUGCCGGGGAUUGGGAAGACAGCCCGUCGAUCUUCGAGGAGGAACUCGCCCUGUUCGAAGAAGCCGAUAUGGAGGCGGAGGAGAGGGAAGGACAGGCGGGGCAUGACGUCAUCCCUGUUGGUGAGCUGUUCUCUGCUGACCUCAACCCCCGAUGGCGUAGGCCGCAGGCCGCCCCUCUGAACCCGGACUCUGACACCCUGGUCUUCCAACAGAUUGACCUCGACUACUAUUUAGGGGCUGUUGUGGCUGGCAUGCCAGGUCAGUCUCAGGGGAAUGUUCCAAUCAUCCGCAUGUUUGGGGUGACUGACAGUGGGAACAGUGUGUGCUGCCACGUGCACGGCUUUGCCCCCUAUUUCUACAUCCCUGCCCCCAAUGGGUUCACCAGUGAUCACUUGAGUGAGUUCAAAAGGGAGCUUAACUCUGCUGUGCUGAAGGACAUGCGCUCCAACAAGGACAACAUAUCGGUCACUGUGCUGGCGGUGGACAUCACACGCAAAGAAAGUAUGUAUGGUUACCAUGGGAAACGGAUUGCGGACUUCCUGUGCAUCACUAUGGCAAUGCCUCGUCUGAUUGCCCCGGCGAAGAGGCUCCUGGAGCAGGGAUUUAAGUUUGGACCUUUCCCCAUUCAGAGCUUCUCUUCCUACGAGGCUAACAUCGACUUUGAGAUCAGGUUUAUGGUGGACAGCGAUGUGGUGGGUUGCUGCUGGAUUGAGCUGCCCAAAGGGAAGUACCGGGUGAGGGAGGAGAGGAUGUUGGGGGAGACGGACGCUCACCACCCAGGCAAGGUGUCUCUGUGCCAGUAUGAGGUUGAUGUGGGAUGGACCCAGCUGAUCAGUCACCCAGCAGAGGGAGAGUACCAGAGGAUCGCUCCUCUCAGGGUUCUCAGCUUUGACAUUGAGUGUGCUGGAAGAAAAGGGAUUUUUCCAGAGGCAGAGAAAGACCCAGUGAUCCAGAUCGCCUCCAUGGUGCAGCGACAGGGAGAGAAGGAACCCUUCAUCCGCACCGUCUUCACCCUCCAGUCCUGCUCCAGCAUCGUGGGCUCCCAGGUCCUGUGCUUCACUAAAGAGAGCCAGUUACUACAGAGCUGGGCUGAGUUUGUGAGGACAGUGGAUGCAGACAUCAUCACUGGGUACAACAUCCAGAACUUUGACCUUCCUUACCUGCUGAACAGAGCAGCUACCCUGAAGGUCAAGCUGUUCCCCUACCUGGGCAGAGUACAGGGCAUCAAGUCAGUCCUGAGAGACUCCAGUUUCCAGAGCAAACAGAUGGGCCGCAGAGAGAACAAGAUCCUCAACAUGGAGGGACGAGUUCAGUUUGACCUGCUCCAGGUGCUGCUGAGGGACUACAAACUGCGCUCGUACACACUCAACGCUGUCAGCUUCCAUUUCCUGCAAGAACAGAAGGAGGAUGUUCAGCAUUCUAUCAUCACAGAUCUGCAGAAUGGUAAUGAGCAGACCCGGAGGCGCCUGGCGGUGUACUGCCUGAAGGAUGCCUACCUGCCCCUGCGUCUGCUGCAGAAGCUGAUGUGUGUGAUCAACUACAUGGAGAUGGCCAGAGUCACCGGGGUUCCCCUCACCUACCUGCUCUCCAGAGGCCAGCAGAUCAAAGUGGUGUCCCAGCUAUUGCGGCAGGCAAUGAAACAGGGUCUGGUCAUGCCAGUGGUGAAGCCUGAGGGAGGUGAAGACUACACUGGAGCUACAGUCAUUGAGCCAGAGAAAGGAUACUACAGCGUCCCCAUCGCCACCCUGGAUUUCUCCUCUCUGUAUCCCUCCAUCAUGAUGGCCCACAACCUCUGUUACACCACCCUGCUUCAGAAUGGCUCAGCGGAGAAGCUGGGUCUGACCCCAGAGGACUUCAUCAAGACUCCCACAGGAGACCUGUUUGUUAAGAGCUCGGUGAGGAAGGGACUUCUGCCUGAUAUCCUGGAGGACCUGCUCUCUGCCAGGAAGAAGGCCAAAGCGGAGCUGAAAAAGGAAACAGAUCCUUUCAAGAAACAGGUCCUUGACGGUCGACAGCUCGCUCUCAAAAUCAGCGCCAACUCCGUCUAUGGCUUUACAGGGGCUCAGGUGGGCAAGCUGCCCUGCCUUGAGAUCUCACAGAGUGUUACUGGGUUUGGCAGACAGAUGAUUGAGCAGACCAAACAGCUGGUGGAAUCCAAGUACACCAUCGCCAACGGUUACCAAGCCGAUGCCAAGGUCAUCUACGGGGACACGGACUCCGUCAUGGUCAAACUGGGCGUGGACACUGUGAGCAGGGCCAUGGAGGUUGGGAGGGAGGCAGCAGAGUGGGUCUCCUCCCACUUCACCCCUCCCAUCAAACUGGAGUUUGAGAAGGUGUACUACCCCUAUCUGUUGAUCAACAAGAAGCGCUACGCAGGCCUCUACUUCUCCUCCAGCGCCGACACUCACGACAAGAUGGACUGCAAGGGUAUCGAGACGGUCCGCAGAGACAACUGUACCCUGGUGGCCAAUCUGAUCAACACCUGCCUGCAGACCAUUCUGAUAGACAGAGAUCCCCAGGGUGCGGUGGCCCACGCCAAAGAGGUCAUCUCUGACCUGCUGUGUAACCGCAUCGACAUCAGCCAGCUGGUUAUCACCAAGGAGCUGACCCGCACAGCCCAGGAGUACACUGCCAAGCAGGCGCAUGUGGAACUGGCCGAGAGGAUGAAGAAGAGAGACGCGGGUAGCGCCCCCCAACUGGGAGACAGAGUUCCCUAUGUCAUCAUCAAAGCUGCCAAAGGAGUAGCAGCAUACAUGAAGUCUGAGGAUCCAAUCUAUGUUCUGGAGAACAACAUUCCCAUUGACACCCAGUACUACCUGGAACAACAGCUCUCCAAGCCACUGCUCCGCAUCUUUGAGCCCAUCCUGGGAGAGAGCAAAGCAGAGAGCGUCUUACUGAAGGGGGAUCACACGCGCUGUAAGACUGUGUUGACCUCCAGGGUGGGGGGGCUCAUGGCCUUCGCCACCAAGAGGAGCGCCUGUAUCGGUUGCAGAGCAGUGCUGAAGGACGAUGCGGCUGUGUGUGAUUUCUGUAAGAAGAAGGAGUCGGAGCUGUACCAGAAAGAGAUCUUACACUUAAGUACUCUGGAGGAGCGCUUCUCUCGACUGUGGACACAGUGUCAACGCUGUCAGGGCUCUCUCCAUGAGGAUGUGCUCUGUACCAGCCGGGACUGUCCCAUAUUCUACAUGAGGAAGAAGGUGCAGAAAGAUCUGGAUGAUCAGGAGAAGCUGGUGUCUCGCUUUGGAUGGUGAGAGGCAGAACCAACCGAGACUCCAUAUUCACCGGCUCCCCUCUCUCUCUCCCCACUCUUUCUCAGACUCUCUCCCUCUCCUUGAAAGGAUUUGUACUGUAUUUUCUUCUUGUAAGAAUUGUAAAUGUUACACUUUUUUCUUGAAUUAUGAAUCUAAAUAAAUUACAUCUUUUUGUAGAAAUGUGUCUUACCAUAGUUGUCUGUCUUCAGUCUAGAAGAUCUCAGUUGCAUUGAACUAAAAGUAUGGUGGUGGAUGUUGUAGUAUGUUGAGUACGAAAAGUGAAUAACCAAUGCAAAGCAGCAGUCGUUUUUUACUAAACACUUCUAAUAGGCUACAUUCCCAUGCCAUGUGUUAUGAUAGACUGUAUUUCUGAAGCAUCUCCGUAGGAGUUGUGAUCCAGGAUAGGGUUUGCAAAGGGAGGGUAUACAGUACUCAGACGUUUUACAGUCUUAUUCUAAAAUGGUUUAAAUCGUCCCCCGCCUCAAUCUACACACAAUACUCCGUAAUGACAAAGCAAAAAAACAGUUUUCAUACAAAUGUAUACAAAAUAAGAAACUGAAAUAUCUCAUUUAUAUAAGUAUUCAGACCCUUUACUCAAUACUUUGUUGAAGCACCUUUGGCAGAGUUUACAGCCUCGAGUCUUCUUGGGUAUGACACUACAAGCUUGACAGCUGUAUUUGGGGGCUUUCUCCCAUUCUUCUCUGCAGAUCCUCUAAACCUCUGUCAGGUUGGAUGGGGAAAGUCGAUGCACAGCUAUUUUCAUGUCUCUCCAGAGAUGGAUCAGGUUCAAGUCCGGGCUCUGGCUGGGCCACUCAAGGACAUUCAGAGACUUGUCCCAAAGCCACUCCUGCGUUCUCUUGACUGUGUGCUUAGGGUCAUUGUCCUGUUGGAAGGUGACCCUUUGCCCCAGUCUGAGGUCCUGAGCGCUCUGAAGCCGAUUUUCAUCAAGGAUCUCUGACCUCAUCUUUCCUGACUAGUCUCCCGGUCUCUGCCGCUGAAAAACAUCCCCACAGCAUGAUGCUGCCACCAUGCUUCACCGUAGGGAUGGUGUCAGGUUUCCUUUUAUCAGACCAGAGAAUCUUGUUUGUCAUGGUCUGAGAGUCCUUUCGGUGCCUUUUGGAAAACUCCAAGAGGACUGUCAUGUGCUUUUUUACUGAGGAGUGGCUUCUGUCUGGCCACUCUACCAUAAAGGCCUGAUUGGUGGAGUGCUGCAGAGAUGGUUGUCCUUCUGGAAUGUUCUCCCAUCUCCACAGAGGAACUCUGGAGCUCUGUCAGACUGACCAUCAGUUUCAUGGUCACAUCCCUGAACAAGGCCCUGCUCCCCAGACUGCUCAGUUUGCCGGGCAGCCAGCUCUUGGAAGAGUCUUGGUGGUUCCAAACUUCUUCCAUUUAAGAGUGAUGGAGGCCACUGUGGUCUUGGGGACCUUCAAUGCUGCAGUAAUAUUUUGGUAGCCUUCCCCAGGUCUGUGUCUCGACACAAUCUUCUCUCUGAGCUCUACCAACAACUCCUUUGACCUCAUGGCUUGGUUUUUGCUCUGACAUGAACUGUCAACUGUGGGAUCUUAUAUAGCCAGGUGUGUGCCUUUCCAAAUCAUGUCCAAUCAAUUGAAUUUACCACAGGUGGACUCCAAGUUGUAGAAACAUCCCAAGGAUGAUCUAUAGAAACAGGAUACACAAGCUCUCAUAGCAAAGGGUGUAAAUACUUCUGUUUUUUAUUUGUAAUAAAUUAGCAAAAAAUCUAAACCUGUUUUUGCAUUGUCAUUACGGGGUAUUGCAUGUAGAUUGAGGACAUUUUUGUUUGAUACAUUUCAGAAUAAGGUCGUAACCUUCAAAAUGUGGAAAAAAGGAAGGGGCUCUGAAUACUUAACAAAUGCACUGUAUUACGGAUAACUUUCUAAAUUUACCAGUAAACUACCAGAAUGUUGGUAUUUUUCAAGGAUUAUAUGUAAUCUAUCACAAGACCUAUAGUGGCCCUUUUGGGUACUUCAGAUUAUCACGAGUCUAACUAUCUCUGGCCCUUGUUGAAAUUGUUAAAUGAGAUGAUUUUCACAUUUUUUAAAAUCAUGACAAAGCUGUAAAAUAUCCUAAAUAUAAACCAUUUAUUUAGUAAAUACCAUUAUUUGUGUUUAA